AUGCUUUAAUCAAUCAGAAAUCUAUUAAUUGAUUAAACUGAAUUUAAUUUGUAAGAUAACCCACAAGGAAUUGAAAUUAUGUUAGCCGAUACAAAUAAACUACAACCAUUUGUGUCAACCUAAUAUUCAAUUUAUCCAUAUUUUUCACUACCUAUUGCACAACCAAAAGAUAUUACUCCAUAAUUUGAUUUUCUAAUUAUUUAAUCUUUAAAUGUAAUUAGAUAUUGAUAUUAAUUUAGGCUUAAUCAAUUGAGUGUAGACCUGAAGCACCAUGGAUAAGAAGAAAUGAAAGUGGUGUUUUAUUCACAGAUAAUUUGUAAUAAUGUGAAUUAAGUUAAACAGAAAAUAGUUCUCCAGAAAAUUGA